UGAAUGUUUAAAUAAAAAAUUUUUUACUGAUUUUUUGUUUGACUAACUAGGUUUUAAAUUUUGAGUAAAUAUAAAAGUCUAAAAAAUCAUACCAGAUAUUUACAAACCUUAAGCAUCAUUCUCUAAAAAAGUGAUGACGUAUUAUACACAUUAUACACAUUAUAAAUAAAUUAGUUUAAUUAUCAGACAAUUUCAAAAAGAAAUACAAUUUUACACGAUUAUCAAGCAAUGCCUUUUUUCAAAGUAAUUUAAAAACAUAUGAUAUUUCUUCCAAAAUGUUAACAAAUCAAUGAUAAUAAUAAUGCCCAUGAAAAUACCCUGUUUACUCUAUAACAUAUCUGCCAAAACAUUACAAGUUUUUGGUGUUUUAUACAAGGAUUCAAUCCAACGAUAUCGUUGUGAUUUUUAAACAUACUGCUGUUUGUCUUCUAAAGAUGUCCACCUUGGAUUUACUCCCAUCUCUUCAAUGAAAGUGAUAUAAAGAUAAUCAAUUAAAACAUGUUUCAAGGCGUGGUGCAAUAUCGCGAUCCACAGCAACAGCAACAAUCCCAACGUUUCCAACAGCAACAGCAGCAAAUGCUGAAUCAGAAACCUCCUCUGCAUCCUCAGCAUCAUCCUCAGACAGCGGUGCUCUCCAGUUCAUCUUCAUCUUCGACAGAUUCUUCGGGGGGAGGACAACAGUCAGGGGCAGCUACCACCCCACCGAACCGCCGCUCCCGACGAAGAAAAUCCCUCCUCUAUCAAGUUUUGAUGUCUCCCUUGAGGAAAAAAUCAGGAUCCACCAAUACUUUGAAUACUGUGGCUAAUACCCCGAGCAGCGGUAAUCAUCGUCAAGGAAAUUCCAGUCAUCUGCCUAAUCAGAAAAGUCAUUCCCUGUAUCAACCACCAUCGAGUGUUUAUGAUGAAGACCCGGGAAUCAUGUCAGAGGUCGAGACUUCGGCCACGGGCUUUAGGAGAGCGAGCAAGGCGAGGUCGAGCCUGCCAAUUGUCCGAACACCCUCUAAGACACAAGAGCGGCCUUUGGGUAAGUCCCUUCUCAUUCUUUCCCAUUUCUAAAACUAGAACAUAAUUUUUUUAGGCAUAUAGAGUUUCUAAAUAUGUCACCAGUAUGUCGAAUACUGACGCAUAUUCCGUGCUUUCUACGUAUUUUUGUUCUAAAUACGUUAUUAUAAAAAAAAAUUUGAAACUGCGGAAUAUUCUUAAGUUUAAAAUAAUCCCUAUUUUUUCGUACUUUUGACUUACAUUCAACUGGUUUUAUUUUUAACUAGUUUAUUAUUCUUAAUAGUCCCUACUUUUUAACUAUCCUUUUUUUAUUUUUGAGAUCAACCCUUUAGUUUUUUUAAUGAAAAUCAUUUGUUUCACAAUUAAAUUUAAGACUGUCCCGAUUACCUGAUAGGUAUAUACAUAGAACAAAUUUUAUUAUUCUUAAAAAUGAUAAUUUGUAUUAUCUAUGUAUUGCUCUUUUUUGCCCUUCAUAUUAUUGCAUAAAAAUAACUCUUUUACUGCGGAAAAGCCUCACUAGAAAUUUGUAUAUUAAUGUUAUAAAUCAUCCACUGUGCAAAUAUGUAAAUUAAUACCACAGCAACUAAAAUCGAUAUAAUUGCGUUUUGUUAUUGAGAUGUAAAACUAAAAUGUAACGAAUUAAAGAAAAAUUUGGGCUCUUAGCUACAAAAACCUUUAAAUUUUUAAAUAAACAAGAAAAAUUCACUUUUAUCGCAAUAGAAUCAUGUUUAAAACUCGACAUUAUUUAUAAAUCCUUGAAGGACUUAGUUUGAAGCAGUUUAGUUGUUUGUUUUUACAUUAAAAUACAGCUAUUGUAAGCUAUUUGGUGUGCAUAAUCAUCAAGAUGAGUGCUUAACUUCUUUAAUUCUGAGAGUUUUAACACUUCCGUUGUUUAUUUUGCAGAUUAUGCUUGUACAUUUCAAAUAGACAAUAGCACAAAAUCCAUAUAAUUCAUUACACUCAAUUUUUACUCAUGAUGUCAAUUGAUUGGAGUUAA